AUGGGCGGGGGGGCGUCGUACUACGAGGUGCUCGGCGUGGCUCGGGGCGCGUCCGCCGCCGAGAUCCGCGCCGCCUACCUCAAGCUCGCCAAGAAGUGGCACCCGGACAAGGUCCGUGAUUCUCGGGUGGCGGAGGAGGCCAAGGCCAGGUUCCAGCAGAUUCAGCAGGCAUACCAAGUGCUGUCGGACGAGUCGAAGAGGGCGCUGUACGACGCCGGCAUGUCCAAUCCUUCGGUCGACAACGACGAGGAUGUCAAGGGGAUGGACGACUUCCUUGGAGAAAUAGUGGCCACGAUGGGCAAGAUGGACGGGGAGCCUGACCUCACCAUGGACGAGCUCUGGGGCAUGCUUGGUGAGAUAACGAAGAGCUUCGACGAGCCGCCUAAGCCACCUCUGAGGUCGAAGAAGCAGAGCUCGUCGUCGUCGUCUCGCGGAACGGGCGCCGCCCCCCAGGCUGCGCGGAACGCCCAGCGCGUCGGUUCGUCCUCCAACCGUCGUCGUGCCGCCGCGCGCUCACCACCACCAGUGUUGGGCCGCAAAGGCUAG